GACACGUGAAGGCAACAUGCGAGGUGCGUUUUACUGUUAAGUUCGGAACACAACCGACGUCACUGCCACCAUGUUGGAUCCGGAAGUAGGCAGAGCCGAUGCAGGAAUCACGAGCUGAGAGCUCACCGUCAGCGGCUGCGUUUAUAAGAUCGGUCGACCGAUUCCCGGUUCUCUCCUUUAACAUCCAGGUUACAUGCUUCGUGGCUUUCCGGCCUGUCGAGCUAGGCGCAUUUCUUCGGAUUUGAUCGUUUCGCAGCACCGGCUAUGGCCUCUAUCAAGCAGAGAAACUCGGGCCUCGUCCAGCGGAGGACCGAGGCCAUCCGCAGCGCCGCCGACAAGGACAGGGACUCCGCCGAGGAGGAGGACGAGGCGCGCCGCGGGGAGGAGGACGACGACGACGAAAAGGGGGACUCCAAGGAAACCCGACUCACGUUGAUGGAGGAAGUGUUGCUCCUGGGCCUCAAGGACCGAGAGGGCUACACGUCUUUUUGGAACGACUGUAUUUCUUCCGGUCUGCGCGGGUGCAUGCUGGUGGAGCUGGCCCUCAGGGGGAGGUUGCAGCUGGAGGCCUGCGGUGUGAGGAGAAGGAGCCUCCUCUCGAGGAAGGUGAUCUGCAAGUCUGACGCUCCCACGGGAGAUGUGCUACUGGACGAGGCCCUGAAGCACAUUAAGGAGACCCAGCCUCCAGAGACCGUCCAGAGCUGGAUAGAGCUGCUGAGUGGAGAGACCUGGAAUCCCCUGAAGCUGCACUACCAGCUCAGAAAUGUUAGAGAGCGUUUGGCAAAAAACCUGGUAGAGAAAGGUGUGCUCACCACAGAGAAACAAAACUUCCUGCUUUUUGACAUGACCACACAUCCGCUCACCAACAGCACCAUUAAACAGCGCCUCGUCAAGAAGGUCCAGGAAUCCGUUCUGGAGAAGUGGGUCAACGAUCCCCACCGCAUGGACAAGCGGGUCCUGUCCCUGAUCCUUCUGGCCCACUCGUCCGACGUUCUCGAGAAUGCCUUCGCCCCGCUACAGGACGACCAGUACGACCUGGGCAUGAAGAGAGUCCACACUCUGCUGGAGCUUGAGCCGGAGAAGGAGAGCGCAAAGCCCAACGUCAACGAACUCAUGUGGGCCGUGGUGGCCGCAUUUACUAAAUGAAAACACCCGAUUGGUUGGACUGGAAGAUCUGGCUACGGUCUGUGUUAUUUAAUUGGUUGAAGGACUUCACUUUAAUGAGACAAUCUAUUUUGGUUGUGGUGCCUGUUGGUACGCCUACUUCGGAUGACGUUUUGGUGGCAGUCCAUAAUAACCCAGUGCAAUCUGAUUGGUGGUGGGCUUCACCAAGUAACGUUUGGUUGGUUGGAACGGUCUCUAAAUAUAAAAAAAAAAAUGACUGAUUGCUUUCACACAGUGAGGUAUAUUAUCUGCUGCUGCGAGGGCUGGAUAUACUUAUAUUCGUCAACACUACCAACAGAUGGGUUUCUGUUAAUGUUAGAUGACAUCAAAGAAUGAACGCAGGUGGCAGCAGUAGUCAUGGUGAAUAUGAAGAUUUUUGACUGGGGCCAAGAUUCCCUUCUUCAUUAAGGGAAACAUCACCGCUACCUUUCUACAAGGUCUGGCCAGAAUCAAAUCCUGGUCUCGGCUCCAUUACCCCCCCCUCCCCCCACAUGCUUAUGCAAGGACAAAGGAUAGCCAAUCCCAGAGCUAUCCAUGCACUUUGCACUCCUGCAGGUCUCCUGCUGCCACCCAUUGGCCCCCACACGUUGGAAGGACAUGUUUUAGGGUUACUGUCAGAUCAGACGACCUGAAUGUUUCACUGGUUUCCCACAUUCAAUUCUCUUUCCUAUUUUCUUCCUCAUUGACCUUUUGAGGAGGAAAAGGAGGACACAAAUGCAUACUUACUGGCCUGCACCAUUGCUAGUGAGCCGAGUAAUUUGGCCCUCGUAAACUCUAACCCGAAUGAAGAAUUAAACCUCGAGUCUAACCAAUCUCUUUAUCUUAUUCCAUGCAAUGGGUCCAUUCUGUGUUUUGUAGAACGAGACGAGUCUUCCAUUUCUAUUUAUGUUGCUAAUCGACGCUUACAGUAGUCUGCCAUUUAUCAACUAUUUUGCACAGUCAAUAGUAGUCCCGUAGGCAGGAUCGUUUAUUUUGUAGGGAUUUCUCUUGAGGUGACGAUGUUGAACACGAUGAACCUUAGCGACCGUGGUGAAAGAAAGAAAAAAGAUCUCAUUUAUUUUGUCUACAGCUCUUUGAUCUUUACGAAUACUUUAAAAUCAUUCCUCUGGGUAUAUAGGGAAAAAAAAGUGUGAGUUGGGAUGUAAAAAAAAAAAAACGAUGCAGUGAUCAUAUCUGUUCGGAUUUUGGAUCGCCCGUGAAACAGCCGACACGAGAUUUACAGUCUGAUCAGCAGCAGCUGCUUACACUUAUGGGGUGGGAAAUGUAAGCCAAAUGGGCUAGUUUAUAUUCUGAAAAGGGGUCCGUUCACCCAAACUUGAAAAAAACCCAACUAAUUUAACAAUAGUGGUAUCUUGCCAUGGAGGUAGUUUGGGCUUUAUUUAUGUUUUGAAAUGUCUCGUCUUAAAAAUGGGUAAAUGGAAUUUUCCUUUUUUAGAUUCUUGUCAGCAGUAAAAAAGAAAUUGCGAACAUCACCCACAUCUGGAGUUUCCCACAAAUCCACAAUCUUGACUGUGAACAGUUUUCUUUGAAGUACUUUGCACUAAAGAUAUCUAAAAAAUCUGUAAAAAAGCAAGUUCUGUCGAUGCCAGCAGAGGUAAGAGGAAACUGUAUUUGGUUAUUUGGGUGAACUGAUCCUUUUUAAACUCUCCCUCUUGAAAUAUAUUGAAUCUCUCAGUUUGUAUGUCAUGUCAUAAUUAGAUGUUCUUUCUAUAUGGUAGGCCCACGCGGGCGUGUUAUAUUGUUUGAUACAUGCAGCUUAUAGGAGGGUUACUUGGGGCCCCAGAUGAAUCCUGGGUAACGGCAAGUGUUUCGACGACAUGCAAACUAUCGGAGCGGAAAAAAACCCAUCUCCAGUCACGCUUCUGUUUCAGAAUGAAAUGAUGAUUGUAAACAUCAUUGAGGUCAAAUGAGUGCGUGGAUUUACAUCACCUAUCGUUUCAUGGCAUUCUUAUAGUUCUGUCUUCUUAUAUUUUCUACGAACAAAAUACCAGUAGGUCUGAGGAACUGUUGAGAUGCAUUUACAGCAAAGAGACCAUGCAUGCUAUCGGUGGAGGGCUGGGGUACUUGUGUAUGUAGCGACAGAGAAGAGGCUUGUAUGUAAUUAUUAGUCAUUUUAUGUGUACGAUCUAAUGGAAUUCAAUGAAAGGGAUCUUCUCUCCUCUAUAAUUCUGUAUGCUUUUGUAUUGCCACACAAAAUAAAGUAAGGAUCCUUUAAGUGCCUGAAUUUA